AUGGAUCUUCGUCCAGCAACAAGCGCUGCAUCCCAGGUGGCAGGGAUAGCGGGAAGACCGUUAAUGCCUGCACAGAUGCCGGUACCUUCUGAAUGGCAAAGUCAGAAACAGGUACCUCACACAGCAGCUUCUUCCUCUGCGUGUGAACAAGCGAAGCUGGUUUCUGGUCCUUACAUGGGCCUAAAUGUGCCUGUCCAGCAGCAACCAGAACGAGAGGAGCAGCAGCAGCAACCAGAACGAGAGGAGCAGCAGCAGCAACCAGAACGAGAGGAGCAGCAGCAGCAACCACAACGAGAAGAGCAGCAGCAGCAACCACAACGAGAAGAGCAGCAGCAGCAACCAGAACGAGAGGAGGAGCAGCAGCACUACCACCACCUAAUCAGUCACAUUCCUCGACAGCAGCUGAUAGCUGGUAUGAUACUUUACCAACAGCUGCAGCAGAGGGCUGCAAUGGUGAGACAACCUCAACUACAGCAACCACGGUUUGGUACCAUGGUGAGACAUCCACAACCUCAACCACGUCAACAACAGAUGCGUGGCGCAGUGAGACAACCACGACGACGUCAACAGCGGGUGGUUGCUGUGGUGAGCCAACCAGGACGGCAGCAACAGCAGAUGGCUGCCAUGGUGAGCCAACCACGACAGCGACAGCGACAACGGACAGCUGCUACAGUGACCCGGCCACAAUCACAGCAACAGUUGGUGGCUGCUAUGGUGAACAGACCACAACCACAGGGGACAGUUGCAAUUGUGAGACAACCACAAAUACAACAACGGCAGGUAGCUGCUGUGGCGAGGCAACCACAACCACAGCAACAGCGGGUGACUGUUAUGGUAAACCGACCACAAUCACAGCCACAGAGGACAGCUACAAUGGUGAGCCGACCACAAAUACAACAACAGCAAGUAACUGCUGUGGUGAGACCACCCCAACCACAGCAACAGCGGAUGGCUGUUAUGGUGAACCGACCACAACCACAGCCAAAAGGGACAGCUGGAAUGGUGAGCCAACCACAAAUACAACAGCAGCAGGUAGCUGCUGUGGUGAACCAGCCACAGCCACAACCACAGCAACAGCGAAUGGCUGAUAUGGUGAACCGACCAAAACCACAGCCACAGGGGACAUCUGCAAUGGUGAGCCAACCACAACAGCACCAGGUACCUGCGGUGGUGAGCCAGCCACAACCACAGCAACAGGGGACAGCUGCAAUGGUGAGCCAAUCACUUACGCAACCACAACAGCAGAUAACUGCUGUCGUCGUGAGCCAACCACAACCACAGCAACAGCAGAUAGAUGCCAUGGCGAUGCAACCACAACAGCAGGAAUGA